AUGCCCGAAUCAGUGUCGAAACCCCAAACCCUUUACGACAAGGUGCUCUCCAAGCACAUUGUCGACGAGAAGCUCGACGGUACUCUCCUGCUUUACAUCGAUCGCCAUUUGGUCCACGAAGUCACCUCUCCUCAAGCAUUCGAGGGUCUCAAGAAUGCCGGCCGUGGCGUCCGCAGACCAGACUGCACCUUGGCUACCACCGAUCAUAAUGUCCCUACCACUUCCCGUAAAGGCAUGAAGGACAUUGCCAGCUUUAUCGAAGAGGACGACUCCCGCACGCAGUGCGUCACGCUCGAGGAAAACGUCAAGGACUUUGGCCUGACCUACUUUGGCCUCGGCGACAAGCGCCAGGGCAUCGUGCACGUCAUCGGCCCGGAGCAGGGCUUCACGCUGCCCGGCACCACCCUGGUCUGCGGCGACUCGCACACGUCCACCCACGGCGCCUUUGGCUCGCUCGCCUUUGGCAUCGGCACCAGCGAGGUCGAGCACGUCCUCGCCACGCAGUGCCUCAUUACCAAGCGCAGCAAGAACAUGCGCAUCCAGGUCGAUGGCGAACUCGCCCCCGGCGUCAGCUCCAAGGAUGUUGUCCUCCACGCAAUUGGCAAGAUUGGCACUGCCGGCGGCACCGGUGCCGUCAUUGAGUUUUGCGGCUCCGUCAUCCGCGGCCUCAGCAUGGAGGCCCGCAUGUCCAUCUGCAACAUGUCCAUCGAGGGCGGCGCACGCGCCGGCAUGGUCGCCCCCGACGACGUUACCUUUGAGUACCUCAAGGGCCGCCCGCUAGCCCCCAAGUUCGGCUCCGAAGAAUGGAACCGCGCCGUGGCCUACUGGCGCGCCCUGCAGUCCGAUCCCGACGCCAAGUACGAUGUUGACGUCUUCAUUGACGCCAAGGACAUCAUUCCGACCAUUACCUGGGGCACCAGCCCCGAGGACGUCAUCCCCAUUACCGGCGCCGUCCCAGACCCCGAGACGUUUGCGACCGAGGCGAAGAAGGCUGCCGGCCGCCGCAUGCUCGAGUACAUGGGCCUCACUGCCGGCACGCCCCUCGAAGAGAUUCCCGUCGACAAGGUCUUCAUCGGUUCGUGCACCAACUCGCGCAUCGAGGACAUGCGCGCAGCCGCCAGCGUCGUCAAGGGCAAAAAGGUCGCGCCCAACGUGAAGCGCGCCAUGGUCGUGCCCGGCUCCGGCCUGGUCAAGACGCAGGCCGAGGAGGAGGGCAUCGACCAAAUCUUCAUCGACGCCGGCUUCGAGUGGCGCGAGGCCGGCUGCAGCAUGUGCCUCGGCAUGAACCCGGACAUCCUCUCCCCCCAGGAGCGCUGCGCCAGCACCUCGAACCGCAACUUUGAGGGCCGCCAGGGCGCCGGCGGCCGCACCCACCUCAUGUCGCCUGUCAUGGCCGCCGCCGCCGCCAUUGUCGGCAAGCUCGCCGACGUGCGCAAGCUCUCCAACUACACCACAAGCACCCACGUCCCGGCGGCGGCGGCGGCCAGCAGCCAGACCCCCUCCUCCGGCGCCGGCAAGCCCCACGUUGACGAGCGCGUCGCCGAAGACGCCGAGGCGCGCGAGGCCCUCGCCGAUCAGCCCGAGGACAACUUCCCCCAUACCAACACCGAUGUAGCCGCGGCUGCCGGUAGCCAGGGCACGGGCGCCGCCACCGGCAUCGCCCCGUUUAUCAACCUCAAGGGCAUCGCCGCGCCGCUCGACAAGGCCAACGUCGACACCGACGCCAUCAUCCCCAAGCAGUUCCUCAAGACCAUCAAGCGCACGGGCCUCGGCAGCGCGCUCUUCAACGCCCUGCGCUACCUCGACGACGGCUCCGAGAACCCCUCCUUUGUCCUCAACCAGGAGCCCUACCGCGGGGCCAAGAUCCUCGUCUGCACCGGCGACAACUUUGGCUGCGGCUCCUCGCGCGAGCACGCGCCCUGGGCCCUCCUCGACUUUGGCAUCAAGGCCGUCGUCGCCCCGUCCUUUGCCGACAUCUUCUUCAACAACAUGUUCAAGAACGGCAUGCUGCCCAUUGCCGUCCCCAACAAGGCCGACAUGGACGCCGUCGCCGCCGAGGCCCGCGCCGGCCGCGAGCUCGAGGUCGACCUGCCCCAGCAGGUGCUCCGGACGGCCGCCGGCGACGUCAUCUGCCGCUUCGACGUCGAGGAGUUUCGCAAGCACUGCCUCAUCAACGGCCUCGACGACAUCGGCCUCACCAUGCAGAUGGAGGACAAGAUUGCCGCGUUUGAGCGCCAGAUGACGGAAAACACCCCUUGGCUCGACGGCACCGCGUAUUUGAAGCGCAAGGGCCAGGGCGGCAAGCUUGCUGCCAAGGCCGUGCCCGUCGCAAAGACGAAUCGCGGUGAGCCCAUCAAGGAGCCCCUCGAGUGGUGA